UGCAUGACAGUAUUCAGAAUGGAGAAAACCCUUUAAGUGUUCACACUGUAAUAAGAGAUUCAGUCGGUCAGCACAUCUGAAAACACAUGAGAUGAUCCACAAUGGAAAAAACUUAUAAAUGUGCACAGUGUAAUAAACAAUUCAGUGAUUUAGGGGUUCUUAAAAGCCAUGAGAAAACCCACACUGGAGUUAAACCUUACAAGUGUUCACACUGUGACAAGAGAUUCAGUCGGUCAGCACAUCUGAGAAUACAUGAGAUAAUCCACACUGGAGAAAAACCUUACAAGUGUUCACUCUGUGACAAACAAUUCAACCAGUCAGCACAUCUGAAAUCACAUGAGUUGGUCCACACUGGAGAAAAAAAUUACAAGUGUUCACACUGUGACAAGAGAUACAGAGAGUCAAGAGACCUGAAAACACAUGAGAGCAUUCACACUGGAGUGAAACCUUACAAAUGUUCACACUGUGACAAGAGAUUCAGUUGGUUAAAACAUCUGAAAACACAUGAGAGGAUCCACACUGGAGAGAAACCUUUAUCGUGUUCACACUGCAGUAAGAGAUUCAGUGAUUCACGAGACCUAAAAAGACACGAGAGGAUCCACACUGGAGUGAAACCUUACAAGUGCUCACACUGUGACAAAAGAUUCAGUCAGUCAGCACAUCUGAAAAUGCAUGUGAGGAUCCACACUGGAGAGAAACCUUAUUCAUGUUCACACUGCAGUAAGAGAUUCGGUUUUUCAGGAGACCUUCGAAGACAUGAAAGGAUCCACACUGGAGUGAAACCUUAAAAAGUGUUUAGAGUGAAACGAGAGAAUCAGUCGUUCAUCACGUCUGAAAAGACAUUUAAAGGAUUCACAGUGGAGAGAAACCUUAUCACUGCACUGUAUGCAGGAAGGGUAUCAAUCACCUG